AACAUUCUAAGCUAUUCGGGUGCUGGUUUCACUAUUGUCAAGCAGUACGAAGAAAUAUUGCUAACACAAGAGACACACAUUGUUAAUUGCUUUUCCACCAUCAAAGAAGAAAUUGCCACUUUCGACCACUUGUUUAAAUUUGAAUUUUUUUUAAAAUACUUUGAAGAGCAAUGGCUAAAAAAAAUUGGUCCAAGAAAUCUUUCGGUCUUUGGACAUAAGAUCCGUACAACAUCAGCUGUAGAAUCGUAUAAUGCUGUGCUUGCCAAAAUAAUCCCAAAACAAGGGAAUUUUUUCAAAUUUGUGGGACAGUUACAAAUGGAGGAGUAUUGCAAAAGUAGGGAAUUAGAAUUGGUUAUCAACAGCGAUGGUGCUUUAGGGAAACCAAAAAGAAAAACAAAGGAAAACGUUAUGA